AUGGGCGUCUCGUCCUCCCCGCGCGCGGUCGCCGCGCGCGCGUCGUCCGCGUCGUCCGCGUCGACGUCGUCGUCGGCGACGUCGGUCGACGCGUCGUCGACUCGCCGCGGGAAGCGGCUGUACCUCGUUCGCCACGGCCGGACGGAGAUGAACGACUACCUGCGCUACCACGACUGGUCGUCGCCGCACUUCGAGGACCCGAUGAAGUACGACACGGCGCUGACGAGCGAGGGCGAGGCGCAGGCGAGAGCGCUCGGGGAGCGCGUGCGAUCGACGCUGGACCCGCCGCCGGAGGUGCUGAUCGCGUCGCCGCUGUCGCGCGCGAUGCACACCGCGGAGCUCGCGUUCGCGGACGCGUUCCCGGAGAUACCGAGGGAGACGUGCGUCCUCGCGCGCGAGCGCGUCUUCCACGCCAGCGACGUCGGGUCGCACCCGGCGGUGCUUCGAGAGCGAUUCCCGUCGUGGCGCACGCGCGACCUCGACGACGCCGUCGCGUCAGACGGCGACGACGGCUGGGUCCCGUGGUGGUAUCACGGCGGCACGAGCGACCCGAAGCACGUCGCGCCGGAGCCGAUCGAGGUGUUCGAGAAGAGGAUGCACGACCUGAUCGCGUGGAUCGACGCGAGGGAGGAGACCACGAUCGCGAUGGUCGCGCACUGGGGGACGUGGUACUCGCUCACCGGUCGCGAGUUUGAAAACUGCGAGCUCGUGGCGUGCGCGCUGGAGGAUCUGAGACCCGGUCGAGGCGCGAUGAAGUGA